AUGCAAAAUACUGCCAGAUAUUAUGUCAAUCUCAUCGCUCAAAAGUAUCCUUAUUGGAAUCUAAGCCUUGGACACGAUCACUUCAUGCUUGCUUGCCAUGAUUGGGGUCCGAAAAUUUCUUCUGAUGUUCAAUAUCUACUCAAAAACUCCAUUAGAGUACUAUGUAAUGCAAAUACCUCCGAAAAACUCAACCCCAUUAAAGAUGUGUCUAUGCCUGAAAUAUAUCUCCCUCAAGGUACUAUGGACGGGUUGAUUGGUGGACCGUCUCCAUCUAAGCGCUCUAUUUUAGUUUUCUAUGCUGGAGGUAUUCAUGGCUACAUUAGGCAAGUGCUAAUGGAGCACUGGAAGAAUAACGAUUCAGAGGUCCAGAUACACGAGUACCUUCCAAAGAACAUGUCCUACUAUGGCAUGGUUCGGAAAAGCAAGUAUUGCAUUUGCCCUAGCAGGUGGGAAGUAGCCAGCCCGAGAAUGGUAGAGGCUCUCUAUAUGGGGUGUGUUCCGGUACUCAUCAAGGACCAUUAUGCUAAACCAUUCGGUGAUGUUUUGAAUUGGAGUACGUUCUCAGUCGAUGUUGCAGUGAAAGAUAUCCCAAACUUGAAAACAAUUUUGAUGUCUAUACCUCAAAGACACUACCUAAAGAUGCAGGUUAAUUUCCCUCCCAAACGGUACGAUGUUUUCCACAUGAUUCUUCAUUCAAUCUGGCUUAGAAGACUAAAUAUUCAAGUUCAUGAUAUAAAUGAAACAUGA